AUCCCUCAGCGCUCCCGUGACGCGCAGGCGCGGCGGUGCCGGCCGGGCGGGCGGAUGGCGGCGGGGCCGUGAUGCUGCGCUGGUUCGUGGCCCUGCUCAGCCCCUGCUUCGCCACCAAGGCCGGCUCCAUGUUCUACGCGGUGCGCUCGGGCCGCCGCACCGGCGUCUACCGCACCUGGGCGGAAUGCCAGGAGCAGGUGAACAAGUUCCCCUCCGCCAGCUUCAAGAAGUUCGCCAGCGAGAAGGACGCCUGGGCCUUCGUGCGCGGCGGGCUCUCGGGGCAGCAGCAGCCCCAGCCCGAGCUGGCAGGUGCACUUUGUCUUCCAGCUGUAACACAGGAAAAUGGUAGCCAGAGAGAGGAACUAAAAUCCUUGUGUUGCAGUACGUGCAAAAGGCCAUAUGAGCAGUCUACAAAUGAAGAACAGGUUGCUAAGCGUGUAAAACAUGAUGAAUUAUUCUCAACAUACUCAACACCAACAGUCAGUGAAGAUAAAUUUUCAUAUAUGGGUGACUUUGUAGUUGUUUAUACAGAUGGUUGUUGCUCAGGUAAUGGACGUAAUAGGGCACGUGCUGGAAUAGGUGUCUACUGGGGACCAGGCCACCCUUUAAAUACCAGUGAAAGACUUCCUGGACGGCAGACUAAUCAAAGAGCAGAAAUACAUGCAGCCUGCAAAGCGAUAGAGCAAGCCAAGAGUCAAAACAUCAAGAAACUGAUCAUCUACACUGAUAGCAAGUUCACUAUUAAUGGUAUUACAAGUUGGGUUGACAACUGGAAGACAAAUGGCUGGAGAACAAGUUCAGGAGGAAGUGUAAUAAAUAAAGAAGAUUUUGAAAGACUUGAUAAGCUAUCAAAAGACAUAGAAAUUCAAUGGAUGCACAUUCCUGGCCAUGCUGGCUUCCAAGGAAAUGAAGAAGCUGAUAGACUAGCAAGAGAAGGAGCUUGUAAACAAAAGUGCUGAUAUACUGGGACUAGAGACUGUUGCAGUGGGAGGAAAAGGCCUAACAUGACAGCAACAGCUUGAGCUGCUGUAAUUGUUUCGGAGUUGAACUUUGAACUGUACUUUAUGCUGGCCUGAAGCACUAAAUAUAUACCAACUUCUGGGAAGAAAAAACAUGCAUUUUCUUCUAUUGCAUUGUUUUACAAUUGAGACAAUAUUUAAUUGAUAUUGCAUAUUUGUGUUUAUUUCAUGUUAUGGAAAGGGCUGUGGGGUCAGCGUUCUUGUAGACUUAUGAAUUCUCCAUGAAGACCGACUUCUAAAGGAGUAAUAUUAAAUAGAAGUGUUCUGUAUUUUUCUCUUAGUGAAAUAAAUUAUUUUUUUGUACAGACA